GGACCCCUGAGGUGUCUCUCCAGCUGCUGAGUUGAAUUCCUCCCUGGUGUAAGCUCCCAGGGGGGUCUCCUUGGCCAGCCCUGCUCCUCUCCCUGGCCUGGUGAUUAUCCAGUAAGCUGCUCGUACCAGCUCACUUUUUAUAAAAGCACCUCUAGAUUUCAGCCCAGGGUUUAUUUAUUGAGUUUCUCUGCACUUUUCCUUUCUCCUCCUCUCCUGCCAAGAUCCAGAGAUGGUACAACCCAAGAUGGUACAAGAAAAUGCCAAGCUUAGUUUUUUUAGGUCACCGUAAACUACACGCUUAUCUGCUUUCAGAACACAUAAGCCACAGGAUGUCAUUUCAAGUCAACACAGAAGGAUAAGGACUAGAAAGUUGUUUUUGGCUGUAGAUAUGAAUAAAUCAGGAUCAUGUUGGGGGAGUAUAUGUUUGUAUACAAGCAGCCUUUUUUAAGGGCUCUUUUUUAACCCAGAGCCUUCUUCCUCUUUCCUCAAAGGAUCCAUAUUCUUCUGGCAACAAAGAUCUUUUUAUAUCUUGGGUUUUCAUAUUCUGCCCAGCCUAUCGUAAGAGAGCACAAAUCUACUAAAUAGUAAAAUGAGGGAUUACUUCCACUCAUCUGUUGACAGACAUUUCUCCAAAUUGGAUCAAAUGAUUAAAGGUAUUAGAAUGACGUCUUGCAGAUCCAGAUCAAAUCAUUUGAAACCUUGAGACCGUUUCUCCUUUACUUGGAAGAAACCACCAGAAAUAGUUGUAGGUGCUAAUUGCCCAUUAUUCUCACUAAUGUGAAGUUGUUAAUUGGGACCUUUGAAUAUUUUACUUGCUUGAAUCCUAACCAGGGGAGUUCAAGAUGGAAGGACUCUGCAGUGGCUCGCUUCCUGAUGUGCCAUUUGGGGUCUCUUCCAACGCCUGAAUGGUUCUUCCUCAAGUUGCUUACGCUGAGAAGAGGGGUCCAGGCUGUGAAAUCUUCCAACACCUCCCAUUACAAAGAUGGCACUGCUGAAAGUCAAAUUCAAUCAGAAGAAACGGGUAAAACUAGCGCAGGGACUAUGGCUCAUGAACUGGUUUUCAGUGUUUGCUGGAAUCCUUGUUUUUAGCAUGGGAUUGUUCCUCAAAAUUGAACUCCGGAAGCGAAGCGAAGUGAUGGACAAUAAUGAAAGCCACUUUGUGCCCAAUUCUUUGAUAUUGAUGGGUAUAUUAUCCUGCGCCUUCAAUGGUUUUGCUGGAAAGAUUUGUUACGAUUCUCUGGAUCCCGCUAAAUUUGCCAAGUGGAAGCCUAUGCUGAAACCUUACCUGGCACUAUGCUUCAUCUUUAACAUCCUCGUUUUCUUCGUUGCUCUGAUUUGCUUUCUCAUGCGGGGCUCUCUGGACAGCACACUGGCCCAAGGGCUCAAGAAUGGCAUGAAGUUCUACCGGGACACAGACACCCCUGGAAGAUGCUUCAUGAAGAAGACCAUCGACAUGCUCCAAAUUGAGUUCAAAUGCUGUGGGAACAACGGCUACAAAGACUGGUUCGAAAUUCAGUGGAUCAGCAACAGAUAUCUGGACUUCAGCUCCAAAGAAGUGAAAGAUCGGAUCAAAAGCAACGUGGACGGAAGGUACUUAGUGGACGGCGUCCCCUUUAGCUGCUGCAACCCGAGCUCCCCAAGACCCUGCAUCCAGUACCAGGUCACCAACAACUCAGCUCACUACAGCUACGACUACCAAACGGAGGAGCUCAACCUGUGGAACCGUGGCUGUCGGGAAGCCCUCCUGAACUACUACAGCGGCAUGAUGAGCUCCAUGGGUGCCGUCACCCUCCUCGUCUGGCUUUUUGAGAUAUCGGUGAUGAUUGGCUUGCGCCUUCUACACACCUCUCUGGAAAGCAUUCCAAACCCCGAAGACCCUGAAUGUGAAAGUGAAGGGUGGGUGCUGGAGAACAGCCUGAAGGACACUUUUAAAUCUGCACUGGAGAAUUUGAAAAAGCUUGGUAAGUUCAAUCAGGUGGAAGCAGGAGCCGAAGGGGCCGAAGGAGAGGAAGGAGGGAAGACGCCAGCCAUCACAACGGUCAGUUGAGCUGCUAAUUGAUGUGGACUUUUUCCUCAGAGAAAAAUAAAACAAACUGAGAAUUGUGAAUAUCUACAUUUUAAAAGUUAUGUAUCAACCAUCAGAAUACACAUUUCUGUGCAUGUUCUUUUUUGUAUAUGGGAGCAUACAACAUAGUGCACCUUGGGAUAAUACUCUUAUCCGCAAUGUGAGUACACCAUAUCCAUAUCUUUUUGGGGAUAUGAUCCCAACUAGGACUCACAAUAUUCACGUGUUCUCAUAUCAGGGAAAGUUAGUUUAAAAAUUAAAAAAAAAAUAAAAAAAAUAAAAAAAAUUGCUGGCAUCACACAGUGAUCCAUUCCACCUUAUUUUGAAAUUAAAAGUGAAAUUUGAAAAGUUAAUAUUUUUUGUUCAAGAUGUUUUAUCAGUACAAUUUCUAUAUUUCAGCUUUUAAAGACAAACAGAUUGGGUUUCUGGAGAGUAACAUGUUAGAAUUGAAAGGAAGGAGGAUUUCUAGAAUUGUAUAUAACUUAGUAUACAGGUAUUUUGACAAACCUCUCAUAUAAUGUGAUUUUUGUUAAUGUGCUAAGCAAUGGUAUUUUCUGCUGUAUUCUUAAGAUGUACAUAGAACAAAUGCAAACUUAUGCUGAGAAUUUAUACACUAAGAAAAAAUCAUAAUUUAAUGAAGCAGCCAAGCAUCAUGAAAACAACAUUAAGGUAAGAUUCAUGGGGUUUGUUUCUCAGGGCUUUCUGCAGGCUGUAUAUCUUGAAUGCAUGUGUUGUAGACUUACGCUGCACCUUGUAUUUAAAUUCUACACAGAAGCUUAGAAGAUUCUUUCUGUAGUGGGUCAAAUCCGUGCUAUGAGCAUGUGCCAGUUACUGUUACUCUGGACAUUUUACAGAGUAUGUAACCUCAUAGCUUGCUCCAGAAUAUUCAAGCCCAACUAUUUUUAAGGCAAGAAAAGAAAAGAAACCCAAAAUCAAAAUGGCCCCUUGGAACUCACACUUUAAAUGUUUUUCAGGGUCCUGGAAAAUGGAUACCAUCGAUCCACAAGUACAUCAAGCCUCAAACUUUCAGGCCAGGGAAAACUAAGUUUAAAUCAAUCCUCAGUGUGCAAAAUUUUGCAAAUUUUACUUUUCUAUCGGUGAUAGGGUACCUGCCAUUAUAUUUUUUAAAUCAAUGGGAAGGCACAUUUUGAGUCUGCAUCUCUCUAAACAUACUCUCAUAGCUGGAGGAUCCUGUUCUCAUUAUACCAUGUUGGAAUAAAGCAUGGAAAGAGUUUGCUGUGGUGCACAGCCUCUAGUAAGGCAACAGAGCAUCAUCUUGAGUUUUUCUUCAGCUGCCAGAUAACUUCAGCUAAAGGGAAAGAAACCCAAGAGAACAAGCCCCAGUCAUGCACAAAUUAUUGCAGACACCUCAGUCCCUCUGCUGCAAGCCAGGCACCAUGCUUAUUUUUACUCUGGAUGGGAAAACCCUCUACUGCUCCAAGGUGUACCUCGGAGAGGUUUCUCAGUAGGUCCCUUCCGUUGGCUGGUCUUCAAAGUAAGCCAUGUUUGCAGCUGCCUAAUCAUUGCACAGCCCACUGGUUUUUGUUCUUAAUCACUUGUGCACUUGCCCCAGCAGUGCUCAGCUUCUCUGGCUUUUGUUCAAACUCCUUCUAGGAUGGACAGACCAGUUCAAGGCAGGACAGGUAAGGACGUGUCUGAACAUCAAGCCAUAGUUUCUAUCUCAGUGGCCAGGCUGUUUCAGGCCAUCUGCAUGCAAGGUUUGAUUUUGACAGGUAUUUGUGGUGUCCUUUCACUUUUUCAAAGCUGGCCAAAGCUUUAAACUUACGAUAACGAAUUUAGUUACAAUAAAUUAAAGUCACUCUCUUCUUUUGUGCAUAAGACUGUCUAGAACAUGGGCACCGACAAAAAGCCAAUUUGCUACUCACCACAGCCUAUCAUCUCUUGUUUUGCUGAGGGACACUCUGCAUGGCAGAACCGUACGAACCAGAGCAACUCCUCCCUUCUCAGUCAGACGUUGCUAUGGCCGGCUGCCCCUCCCAGCUGGACCUUAGAGAAGAGCAGGACUGUGGAUGGCACACGAUGUGGCCCACAUGUAUCAGAGAAGAGCUUUUCAGAGGAGUCACGUGUGGAUAGGAGCUGCGUUACAAGGAUUAAUUACAGUUUUUCCUUGUGAGACUUCAGCGUGCUGUGAUCUAUACCAGUUAUUUGACUAGACAUCUGAUUUUUCAAAGAGAUCUAGAUUUAUUGCUGCCCUAGAAAUCUGGUUUAGGCCAUUAAUUUAGACAGGACUCCCCAGUUAUUUGUGGUCUAUAUUUUUUUCAGUUUGCUGCUACGGCAACAUAACAAAUUGUCAAAUUAUUCUUUCAACACCGCAUUGAGAAGCCAGUUCCCAGAGCAAUGGUAUUAGUCAGGUAAAGAGACCAUCUGAGACAGGUUUAUGAUGAACAGUACUGGAACCAGGGAAAAAACAGUGUCUAAAAUAAAGCCUCCUGGUUGGUGGAGAUCUUUGUAACACGAUUACCACAAGACUGUUAUACGACUGCUUUGUAAAAUAUAUCAUGUAAUAUAUCACUCAUCCGAUCUUACAUAUACUUUCUUGUGACACUGCAAAUGCUGUUCUAGAUAAAGAUAUUUCUGCUGACUGCAAAUGUAAAUUUAGGUAUUAAAAUUGUAUGGCAAGUAAAGAUCUCUUUAAAGAAAAUGUUUAAAUAUAUACAGUUUA